AUGGAGAGUGUUCCUGAGUGCGGCUUUCAACAGCCACAAGCUGCAGAAGAUGGCUCUUCCUACAUACCGGUGGAGGAUCAAUUGCUAAAACAUUCCAUAGUAGAAAAUGAGUUCUCAAACGAGACUGGCUGUUGUCGUUUGUGUUGCAAUGAUAAUUGUAAUCUACGAAAGCUGUUCCCAGGUGGUUAUAAAGAAGAGCUGUUAACACGUAAAAUCUACGAGUGUACAACUGUGGAGAUCUCUUAUAGCGACGAUCCCGAUGCCCUGAUAUGUUAUGCCUGUGUGGCAAAGAUUGAGGAGUUCCACCACUAUAGAGAACAGUGUCGCACUAAUGACGCUUUGCAGAGAAACUGGAAGCGUCGCCUGGGUAUCGGUACGGUUGUUCUAUCUACAACGCUUCCUCCAAAGUACAUCAAAAAGGAAAAGAACGUGGAUAUUUUCGCUGAAACCAUCACUCUUGACGACUUCCUCCCAGUUGAUAUUCCCCAGCAAUCCCAUACUACAUCGGAAUUGUCCCUCCAGGGAGCUGUAACUAGCGUUGCUGACUCAUCUGGAACCGUAGAUACUUGCAUCCCAAACUCGACUGAAGCAACUGAGAAGAAUGCCGACGUGGAAGAUGAAGAAGAAGAAGUAGAAAAUCUUCUAGAAGUGAUGCCAGAUCGCCCACGAAAAAAUGUCCAACUCACGGUCAACAAUAGUUUCAACUCCGAAUAUGACGAACAGAGUGCAGAAAUAGAGUGCCAAUUGCCGAUUAAAGAGGAACCAGAGGAUAUCGAUGACACAUGUGACUGGAACGAACAAGCAGAGUACAGACAGACUCCUUUGCUGCCAUUGAUGGCAAGUUCCUCCUACGUAACCGAUGGCAACGGUGCGACAGAAGAUCCUCAGCCCUUCCGCGAAGUGUCUGAUGAAGAUGGCUUAGUUUGCCUUAUGCAACAUGGUUUCUUGUACAUGCAAAACGAACAAUACCAAUGGAUGUGCCGAUUACCCGAGUGUCAUGCCCAAGUCAACGUAUACACUGACGAUGAUGGUAGUUUGAUAGGAUAUGCUUGCAAUCACACCCACGACAAAGAAGUGGUAGAUGACGCUAGCGAUAGCGACAUCUUAAACCUACUGGACAGCACACAACAAAUGCAAAAUCACAGCAACGUCCAAAGACCGGAAGAUUUCAAUUUUGUGAAGAAUCAUAAUAGCGAGAACUCUCUCGUAUAUAAAGGUUACAGGUACAGCGUUAAGCAUAAACGGCGAGAUGUAACGAACGAAAAUGAAUUGGAACCUUUUGAAACGCAUACACAUGCGAAGAAUAUACACACGCAUCGCAAAGCAUCCUCAAACAAUGCAGAUGCGUCAUCCUCCUCGAAUGAUGUGGAUGACGAAUCCUCUUCAAUGGAGCAUGAAAAUUAUGCGGAUGAUAAUACGCAAGAUCAGGGAAACGCAGUAGCAGAUUUCCAAUCAAGAUCCCCCGUGUCGGAUGAUGAAAACGAGAAAACGGACCUAGGAGGCAGAAAAAUUGAAGGAGUCGUUCAAAGUGGUUAUAAUUUUAAAUUAAUAAGAACUACCAAGGACCGUGUUCGAUUGCGGUUUGAUGGACAUCUGUAUGUACGAGAAACCACGCGAGCCGAUGGCGUAGUGAUUUGGCGAUGUCGAAGGAACUACGAUUUGUGUGGGGUCGCUGCUUUACAACACGAGAAUGGUUUAGUGGAAAUAAUUGGCAAACACGAUCAUUCAUCCCUCAAAAGAACAUUCAAAACCUUCAAAGAGGAUCGUGGAACUACUGCGUACCGCUUGGUACCGACGUCGAAAGGAGAAGAAGCUCUCCUUCUUGAUGGCUACCGAUACACGAAAAUUAGCUCCAAGUCAUGCGGAAUGAGCACGUGGCAAUGCUCCACCAAUCCUGACACUUGUAAGAUAAAUGUAAUCAUAUCGUCAGAUGGUUUGGCUUACGUCUCCAAAAAUGGGACACAUACGCAUAGCAGUACAGAAUCAGAAACAGUCCCUUCGCCGUCACGGGCGGAAAGAACAAAUCAAGUAGAGAGCUUUAAUGAUCAGCGACGAAACCCUCCUGACGAGAAAAAUAUUAAACUAGCGACCCACUCACUUUAUGCAGAAGAUGAGAGAGACCCAGUCAAAAAGCUUUUAGGGAAGGCAGAAUCCCAACACAAGGCCAUCUACCGUAUAGUGAGAAAUAAAAAAGGGAACAGAGCACUAGUGCACGAAGGGUAUCGUUACUGUAAGGUGCGCCUACGUGUGGACGGCACCGUUACAUGGGUGUGCAAAAUGAAUCGCAAAACUUGUCACGCCGGGCUAUAUCAACUCCCGAACGGUACCUUGGAGUGGGUUAACGAUAAACGACAUAAUCAUCCUCCUACCGACGCGGUAGAGGUACCAGAAAACACCGUGCAGCGCGUGGAAAAGAAAAGCUACCAUAUUCCAAACAAAAUAUUCAUAAGCAGUGAGUGGUACUUUGUACGGAACAAGAAAAACGGUACGACACUGGUUCAUGCCGGGUAUCGUUACAAUAAAAAAGGAAUGCGGGUCGACAACACAUCUUUGUGGCGAUGUGCACAGGCAAUAAACGGCUGUCGUGCUGCAAUUGUGAUGUACUCAAACCAAACGAUUAAGAAAUCUGAUAAUUCCAACCACAACCAUUCGCCACCUCCAGUUGUAUCUGAUGAGACAAUUAUUGAUGAAGAGUGCGGCACCAGCAUGCAUGAGGCAGACGAAAGCAAAAACUCUUCUCCGACGCAGACAACUUCGGACGAUUUUAAUACAUGCAUUGAGGAGCAAGACGAUCCCGAGGCAAAUAUGAGGUCGUUGUUAAACACGAUGCUCGAUGUUUCCGACAGUGGUCCAACCGUACUCUCAGCAUCCGAGGCCCAGUACCGAUAUGUAAAAAAUCGGCGAAUGACACAAGGCCUAGUAUUUCGCGGGUACCGAUAUUCUCGAUCUUGCACGCGCCAACGGUUGGACGGAUCCGUUAAGUGGGUAUGCCAGAUGAAUAAAAAAACCUGCCGCGUAUCGGUGAAGAUCUUAAAGGAUGGAAGUCUGGUGACCGAAAAUCAUAAGCAUAACCACCCUCAGCUACCAGAGGACUUAGACGGCAACCUUUACGACGGUGACGAUGAUACAGAUAUUCAUCUCGAAUACCAAGAUGAAGAGUCAAUGCUCUCGCCCGCAAAUACCGCUGAACCAGCGCGGGAAGUGAAUGCCCAGUAUGAUUAUUACUUUGCACGAAACCGCUUCGAUGGCGAAAGUUUAAUUUUCCAAAAUAAUCGAUACAACAAAGAUUACUCGCGCCCUGAUGGCUCGAUUAUAUGGCGUUGUAUGAUGCGCCAAGGCUGCUUGGGCAGAGCUGUAAUUCGUGUCGAUAACAGCUGUUCUACGUACCGUGACACAUAUCACAACCACCCUGCGUUGCAGGAGCUACCGGAACCGAUGCGAUUCCCAACUAAACCUGCUACUACUGUCGUGGAGAGCCAAUCCAAAUCCAUCAUUAAAGAGCAGAAAAGCGAAGUAAUUAUUGAUGGUAAUAUGCUGAUGUAUAAGCAGAAUAAAAUGAAAAAAAUCAAAUCCUUCUCGGAUGGUACAGCUAUCUAUGAGUGUGUCGAAUCGGUAGGCUGCAAAUCGAAGCUGAAAGUUAAAAUUGGAUCAGCUAAAGGUGCUCCACCGACAGUACUAUUCGAGAGCUCUCACGAUCAUUUGGUUCCAACCGUGCAUGCAAAUCUAAGCACAGCUAGCAACAUUGCGGGUUUUCAAGUAGUGAAUCGAAUUUUUCCACAGAAAAAAUCCCCUCCGCAGCAUAGUGAUGGCGGCAAAGAGUACCAGCUGUUUAAAAGUAAACGGGGCCACAUAUCGCUCGUUUACAAAGAUUAUCGCUUUUCGUUACGCAACCACAACGUGAACGGCGAUUCUUGUUGGAAAUGCCGCUCGAACAAAUCGUGCAGUGCUACCGUGGCCUUCAACAAAGAUGGCGAAGUCAUCUCUAACGGCCAGCGUGUUAAGCCACACAACCAUGCAAGCAACGGAGACUUCAUCGGUAGAGCGGAUCCGUUUGAGUUUGACGAGCUAGAUCCACCGGCUGCGAACUUGAGCGAGUUUGUGAAGAAUUGGAAUGACGGCAAGUAUAAAAAUCAUUUUCUUAACGACACACUGCCGGUUAUGCCAACACCAAACGGGCGCAUCGAUUGGAAUAAAACUAUCUACCACGAGAACUUCUCCUACCGCCUGAAAAUGGUCAGGUACGGUCGGGAAUGUUGGCGGUGCUCAUUGUUCCAGUCGAAGGCUUGUCGGGCAGCGCUAUUCUGCCAGAAGAACGGCACGAUUAUAGAUGGUACGAAUGGACAUCCGCACAAUCACUCAGCUUUUGUGACGGCCAGUAAGGAGGGAAAACAAUUUUUGUCUCGUAAAGUGACAUCCAGUUCACUUGCGUUGUCGCGUAUGCGUAAAGAAGAGGCAUCUAAACGAGCGUUUUCAACUAUUCAUCGUAAUCAGCGCUACUUCCGAUUCUACCCGCCUGGCAGAGAAAUUAAUCGUAAAGGUCCACGCCCUUGGGCGGAGGAGUUCCAGCAGAACCAUAAACUAGACACCGAUCCCACGGCUGCCUCUUCUUCGGCUAAAUUUAUUGACAAAGAGCAAGACGCAAAUGCUGAAAUGACGGAGGAUUCAUUCCAAAUUGUGGCAAAAAAUGGAACUGACAUUUUGCACUACCAGCGCCAUCGAUAUGUACCUAUGUCAGAAGACUCGAUGCAAUGGCGCUGCUCUUUAUGGGACAGCCGUCAUCAGUGUCCAGCUCAGGUGAUCUUACCGGUCUCAGGUGAGCCGAUCAGCGAACCGAAUCCGCCCCACAACCAUCGCCCUCCUCCCCCUGAAACGCUGGAAGUAGAACGUGCUUCGCAGCAAAUUACACCUACCCCUUGUUCAGCAGAGGGAACCAGGAACUACGUAUUAAUGGGACGAUCGGAUAAAACAGUUUAUUACAACGGACACAAAUAUACCUGGACGUGGGAACGCCGAGAUGGGUGGACGUUUUAUCGGUGCAUUCGUUACCAUUCUCAUUUGUGCAUGGUAAUCAUCAAAAUAAACUCUAAAGGUUUGCUAUCUUUCCACAGUAGAACAAAGCACUCCCACGAACCGUGCGAAUCACCAACUUUGCAACCUAAACAACAGCGAAUUCCCCAAGUAAAAAAUGACAUGUGUUCAUUAUCAAAAUUACAGUCCUAUUUAGCCUUAUGCACGAAGCGCGGAUAUAACGACUACAAGAUCCAGCGUUCCGUGCGAGGAUAUUCCUUGCAGCAUCAAGGUCACGUGUACUGGUUGCAUACUAAGUUGGCCUGUGGACUGCGUGUUUAUAGAUGCCGCUAUCUCAAACCCAAGGGGUGCACCACCGUUGCCUACAUGGAUGUUAAAACGAAGCUAUUGUAUCUUCGUUUGAAUAAUUCACACAAUCACGAACCACCCUUGGCACAAAAUGGUGAGAGUUGUGGUGACAAUACAGCUGAUUUUUCGAUGGACAUUUCGUAUGAAACUCGGACUAGUUUUGACCAGUCCAUGAGUGAGGUAAACGAGAAACAAACCAUAACCUCCCCUGACGAGGAGCUUCCGAUCGCUGCCACAGUCGAACUGGGAACGGCAGGUGAAUCAGUUGCUCCAACGAUCACGGAAGAGUACUCUUUCGUGAAAGAUUCGGAUAACAAUAAUCUCGUGCUGUAUCAGGAUUACUUGUACGAAUUUUCAACAUCGCACGAGCAGGCCGAUGGCAAACGAUUGUACUGUUGCCAAACAUCCGACUGUCCCGCUGCGUUACAAUUGCUGCCAUCCGGCCAGCUGGCGGUGAUGACCGCUGCCCACCAGGAACACAACCAACCCGACUGUAGCGAAUUGCGCGAUGUAGGUCGUGGUUCGAAGAACUUUCGCGUGCUACCAACCACGGACGGGAGCAAAACGAUAAUAUACGAGGGCUAUAGAUACACCGAUACGGAGUGCCAACAGCUGCCCGAUAUGACGUCCAUAUUCUACUGCGUUGGCCAGGACCAGACGGAUCAAUCGGAUCCCUGCUCCGUGACACUUGAAAUGCUUCCAAACGGAUGCGUUUUUUCCGACCGUACGCAUCGACAUGCGCCGCACGAAGACGUCGUCGACGACACGGUUUCGCCGUCUACAACGGCAAAAGAAACGGAAUCAAAAAUUCUGGUAUUCGAAGGUCGUUCGUAUCAAUAUAUUGGCAAACGAUUCGAUGGCACCAUCACGUGGCAAUGUGUCGAUGAUCCCAAAUGUAAGGCCAAAAUCUACCGCAGAACGAAUGGAAAAUUAACCUGUGGCGUGACGAAACAUGUACCGAGGCAUCUGGUGCCAAAGUUGAUCAAUCGACCUCUUGCCGGGCUUAAACAGCCAAAUAUGACUACUGUUCCUAUCAGCUGCUUAACGUUGUCAGCAGGUAACAUCGGCAGCUCACCGAGUAAUGCGGUAUUACGGUCGACUAGUUCGCAAUCGAACUCCGGCGUGGAUCCGGGGGAGGUAACUUUGGAAAAUGCAAAUGAUACAGAAGAAUUAACGACCUUGGGCCACCACACCAGCCAAGAGAUGUCCCUGAAAAAUGAAGGACAAAACCGGUCCGAGUUCAUCUUUAUGGAUGCGGAAGAUACUGCGAGUAGGAUCUUGCACUAUAAAGGAGUGCACUAUGCUCUUCGCCACGAGCGAGCAGACGGCAUUCAAAUUUACCAGUGCCGUAACUCCACGUGCAGCUAUAGCAUAACCAAAUUUAGAAAUGGCAAAAUUAUGCCGAGAAACACAGGAUGGCAUAGGUGCGAAGAUCAGACGCGCAGUAGGAAUUACGACAAACCGGAAAUUGAAGAUCCUGAUGAUCUGGAUGAUCAGAACGACAGCAGCGGCAUGCAUUCAGGCAGAAAGCGGCUACGCCUGGGAUACGAUCUGAUGGAGUUUGAGCCAAUGGGCACAAAACGGCCAAACAUUACUGAUACGAAAACCCCCGAACCUGAGCGUAAGACACAGAAAGAAGUAACAGAAACAGCGGAUCCUGAAACUGAUUGGUUGGAAGAGGCAGAAAGGGAGGAGGAACCCGUUAAAACCGAUGGCGGUGGUAUUGAUGAAGAAAAUGGGCUACAUGUUUCUAAACCAUCCACCCCCAACGACAAAUCGUCUACAAGUGAGCAAGAAACUGUAAAUUCGGCUGAACCAAAACAAGCAACAUAAUAAUCAUACACAGAAAUGAAUGAAUUGAAGUAUGAAGUUCUUGAAGCAGCAGCUGUUGCGCAAUGUGAAAAAAAGAACCAUACAUAUGAUGGCUGUAUUGAAACGAUUGCGUUGUUAAAAUGUAAGAAAAACAUACCAAUGUUUAAUUUGCUUGACGUGGUGAAAUUGUGCAUUGACUAAAAAUAAGUUACUAUUUGUUUUCUUUCCUUCUUUUCGAGUGCAUUGAAUUUUAUUUGUGUUUAACAAACGUGCAUGAAUAAAA